GCGUGGCCUCGGCACAUGACGAAGGGGUGGGGAAAGCAUUGUAAGGCCAUGGCACUAAGCCUCCCCGGACUAAUAAGAGGUGACCCACCAAACUCCCUUGCACUAAACUGUCCAACUUUCAUCUGGGCACUGAAUGGACUCCAAACUUUGAAGUUAUCUAGGGAACAAAAAACGGAUGACGUUUGAGGCAGAGUUGAUGCCAGCGAGGUUUAUUGCCGUCAGACUGGAUGUAAACUGACAGAUCACUUUCGGAGCGUCUGUGAAGCACAUAGGCUGUAUUCCUUUCGCUCCAUAGUCAAGGAGUCUCCUCCAUGAUCUGCAGUGACGUGUCCCGCUGAGCUUAUCUGGCCCUAUUUUGAGAGCGCCUGCCAGCCGAGGUUCUCCCUGUUUGCACCACAUAUAGAGAAACAGAAACCAACCCUUGCUAGUCAAAAUGGCACCGGCCGUCGGAGGUCCAGUCGGCUACACCCCCCCGGAGGGCGGCUGGGGAUGGAUGGUGGUGAUUGGGGCCUUCAUCUCGAUUGGCUUCUCUUAUGCGUUCCCCAAGUCCAUCACUGUCUUCUUCAAGGAAAUUGAAAUGAUCUUCAAUGUUACCAGCAGCCAGGUCUCCUGGAUUUCCUCCAUCAUGUUAGCGGUCACGUACGGAGGAGGUCCUAUCAGCAGCAUCCUGGUGAAUAAAUAUGGAAGUCGUCCUGUUAUGAUGCUGGGAGGAUGUCUUUCCGGAUUGGGCCUUGUAGCCGCCUCUUUCUGCAACUCUGUCCAAGCACUGUAUUUUUGCAUUGGUGUAGUGGGAGGUUUGGGGUUGUCCUUCAACCUAAACCCCGCCCUCACUAUGAUUGGGAAAUACUUCUACAAUAGGCGUCCCAUUGCCAACGGCAUUGCCAUGGCUGGUAGUCCAGUCUUCCUUUCCACGUUGGCGCCUCUCAACACAUGGUUCUACGACCGCUUUGGCUGGAGAGGAAGCUUCCUCAUCCUGGGCGGCCUGCUGCUCAACUGCUGCGUCGCCGGUUCCCUUAUGCGACCCAUCGGACCGAAGCCCAAACCGGUGGAGAAGACUACGGAGCGAAGGAGCUGUUCGCAAAUCAUGAACAGCUUCCUCGAUCUGUCUUUGUUCAAGCAUCGUGGCUUCUUGCUUUACAUUUCGGGCAAUAUCGUCAUGUUCUUUGGCCUUUUCGCACCGUUAGUGUUCCUGAGCAAUUUUGCAAAGAGCAAAGACAUCCCGAAAGAGAAAGCUGCUUUCCUGCUGUCUGUCCUGGCGUUUGUUGACAUGGUCGCGCGGCCCUCGAUGGGCAUUGUGGCCAACAGCAAAUGGGUUCGGCCAAGGAUCCAGUACUUCUUUGCCGCCUCGGUGCUGUACAACGGCGUGUGUCACGUCUUCGCCCCUAUGUCAGUCGACUACAAAGGCUUUGUGAUUUACUCCAUGUUCUUUGGCUUUGCUUUCGGCUGGCUGAGCUCUGUAUUGUUCGAGACACUGAUGGACCUGGUGGGAGCGCAGCGCUUCUCCAGUGCCGUUGGCCUGGUCACUAUCAUUGAAUGUGGCCCCGUGUUGCUGGGACCCCCUUUGCUAGGAAAGUUCAAGGACAUCUAUCACGACUACAAGUACACGUACCAGGGCUGCGGGAUUCUCCUCAUCGUCUCUAGUUUCUUCCUCUUCAUGGGUAUGGGUCUCAACUAUCGGCUACUGAGGAAAGAGAAGAAAGAGGAAGAGCGAAUGGCCAGAGUGGGAGAUCAUAAAUCCUACAGGGACAUUGCAGCCAAGGUGGUUGAGUCCAAGAACACAGACACUGUCUAAGUGGUCUUAUUUUCAGUCACUUUGUUUCAAGUCAUAGAGAUAAACCUGAAAACAUCCUGCCUCAUUUAGGACAAAUCUCUAGUUAGCAUUCACUUUUGUUUUGACCACAAAAAAAUAAACAUUUGUAUUGUACCAUCACGUGCACUUCACUGGAAAAUAUUUACAUGCUACUACUGUAUUGGUGUAUAUGAAUAAUUUUGAAAUAGGGACUCUUAUUGUGUCUGCUUGCAAUAACCAAUUGAAUUCACUUUUUACACAGAUUCAAUAUGUGCAUUACAUCACACAGCAUGUUGUUUUCUCCUAUUUUGAUGUAAUCAUGCAGAGCGUUAUUCUACUUGUAUCACUAUGUUGAACACAAAAUGUUACUCUCCUAUUUUUUUUCUUUACGGAAAAUGUUCUGAAAUGAGGGCAUGGAGACCUCAUUGCAUGGUGUGCAUCUUCUUGUACAGGAAAACAUACUAAUGUCUGACUGAGUUGCUUUACUCACGUCAUAUAUUGCAUUCACAAUUACGAAGGAACUUUGCAACUUCCAAACUGUUUUUUUUUUUUUGCUUCACACAAAUAAAUAGAAAAG